CAAAUUUGAAUAUGACUUUUUGGAAACAGAAUAAACAAAUAAUUUCCACGCGCUAUCGACAGGCAAAAUCCCACAGAUAUGCAAAGAUCUCUCAGAAUCUCUCGAAUCAUAUUUUCCCUCUCUUUUUCCUCCUCCCUUAUAAAUCCCUAAUCCCCACUCAAAUCCUUCAUCCCGUUGCAAAAUCAAAUCUCCUUUUUUACCACUUUUCCUCUCAAAUCGUCGAUUCAUAGCAGAUUCUCUCUCUCUCUCACACGAUCCUUCGUUUACAGAUCUCUUUGAUAAUCUCGUUGAUAUGGCGGAGGUUUUGCGUCCGGAGAAACUGGAUAUAUCCAACGACACUUCGUCCUUAGCAUCGCCGGAGCUUCUUCAUGUUCUCGCCGUCGACGACAGCAUCGUCGAUCGGAAAUUCAUCGAGCGGUUGCUAAGAGUCUCGUCGUGUAAAGUUACUCUUGUGGAUAGCGCGACGAGAGCUUUGCAAUACCUUGGAUUAGAUGGAGAAAAUGGUUCUGUUGGAUUUGAGGAAUCAUCAGCUUUCAGAGAAAUACCAGUGGUGAUUAUGUCGUCAGAGAACAUCUUGCCUCGUAUCGAUAGAUGUCUUGAAGAAGGGGCUGAAGAUUUCUUAUUGAAGCCUGUGAAAUUAGCUGAUGUGAAGCGAUUAAGAGAUUCUUUAAUGAAAGCUGAGGAAAGAGCUUUCAAGAGUAUUAUGCACAAGAGGGAGCUAGAAGCUAAUGAUGUAUACUCGCAGCUAAAACGCGUAAAGAUCUGAGUUUCCAUAUUCCACGAUGUGAUUCUUUCUGCUUACAAUUUUUGGGACGUUACAGCUUUUUUUGCUGGUAGAACCAGUGAGGACAGAUAAAAAGAAGGGUUUUUUUUUCAUAAUAGAAAUGUAAAUUGUAGAAAAGAAAAUUGGUUUUCAUUAGAGAGGAGGGACACAUAAAUAGACUUUUUUUUCUUUACAUGAGAUAUGUAAAAUGGUGUUGUUAUUGUGGAAGUUUAAUAGAAACUUUGGUUUUUCUUCCGCCUUCACUUUCCGAAAUAAUUUAUGGCACACAUCCACAU